AUGGAAGCUUUCCCAAGAUUAAUAAAUAUGCAUCAUAAAUACCAUUUUGAUUUCAUAGGGCUAUUGAAACCAUUUCAGAAUGCAGACAAGAUAGAGGAAUAUAGAAGAAGGAUAGGAUUGCAGCAUGCUUUGGUGAAUUGUUCAGGAAAAAUAUGGGCUUUUGUUGAUGAUAUGUUUGAAGUGGAAACUAUUACUGAUCAUCCUCAACAUUUGACUGUAAAGCUAAAGAUGCAGAAUUCUCAAGAGGCAAUGAUUAUUUCCAUUGUGUAUGCAAAGUGUAGUCAAACUGAAAGAAGGGAGUUAUGGGAAUCAUUGGAGGAUUUGUCUAUAAAUAUAAAUGAACCUUGGAUGAUAGGAGGUGACUUCAAUGUGAUAACAUCAGAGAAGGAGAAAUAUGGUGGACUUCCUGUCACUAUUAAUGAAAUUCAAGAUUUCAGGGCUUUCAUUCAGAGCUGUGGUAUAGAGGAUUUGGGAUUCAAUGGAAGCAAAUUCACUUGGUGGAAUUGGCAAAGUAAUAAAGACUGUAUCUUUAAAAGACUUGAUAGAUGUUUAGGGAAUCAGAUGUUACAAAACAGGUAUCCUAGUCUGGAGAUUUCUCAUCUAAUCAGAACAGGAUCAGAUCAUGCACCAAUGUUAAUCACUUAUUCAGGACAGGUGGAGACUAUCAAGAAAUCCUUCAAAUUCCUUAAUUUCUGGGCAAAACAUGAUACCUUUCUGACUGUGGUUAAGGAAAAUUGGAAGGCAAAAUUUAUGGCAAAUCCUUUUACACUUUUUCAUCACAAACUGAAAAAGGUUAAGGUUGCUUUAAAUCAAUGGAGUAAAACUACUUAUGGAAACAUUUUUCAGGAAAUUGAGACAUUAGAGGAUGUAGUUAAGGUGCAUGAAAUUCAGUUUAAGCUUCAACCUAAUGGUAGGAGGAAAAGAUUGCAAGUUAGGAGAAUUCAAAAUCAGAAUGGUCAGUGGCUGGAAACAAAAAAGGAGAUAAAUGAAGAGGCAAUCGGAUUCUAUGAGGAGCAGUUUACCAGAGGGGUAGAUCCAAUAGAUCUUGAAAUCUUGGAUCAUAUGUAUCCUAUGAUAUCUAAAGAGCAGAAUGAUCUUAUUAUUUAA